AACUUUUUUCCCGGACCCCGAACGGUGAGGGUACUCGUCACGUGGUGGCCUGUGCUUGCUCUCCGGGCUAACGCGCUUGUAGUGGGGAAUCACGGUCAAUCACCGCUGCAUCGGAAAUCGUGCCCCACCUCUCCGGGACGACGGCAUGAGUGGAGUCGGCAGGUCCGUUUGGUCGGCUGGCUCGGCAAUUGCGGGAAUUCAAUGUAGCCCGGCCAGGGUCACCAGACCUACGGAGUACCGUCCAUGCAGGUACGGUACAAUACAUGGCAGGGACUGGCGACCCUUCUGUUCUUCAUACCUAAACAAAGAGGCAUAUGGUACUAACAUACGCGGCCAGUCCAAUGGACAAUGCGACAGAAUUCCACUCGACCACUUAGCAAAAAGGGCCUAGCUCCCUCGUUGGCGGUCGGUUGCUUAUUGCAUCCAGGCAUCCGUGACCACGGAGUAGUGGAAUUUCCA